ACUGUCAGUCUGUCACUGCUUCCUAACCGCUGCUCAGCAAUAGAAAACAUAUUGACAAGGGGGCAAAGGAAAGGUUGGUAUAAAGACCACCAGCUUUUCGAGCACCCACAAGCCUUUUUCAGGGAGAAGCCACUCCAUCUUUCUUUUUUCCUUUUUCCUUUCUUCUUCUUCUUCUUCUCAUUCUGAUCUGGAGCAAUGGCGACCGAAGACGAAGCACGAGAAGCAACAGAUGGGACGGAAGUCCAAGUGGAAGCUGUGGAUUUAGGAUCAGCCCAUUUUCAAGCACACCCAGAAGUCAAGCUUUCAACAAUCAUGGAGACCAAGAACGUGGGCGAAAUCAUCAAUUCAACUGAAGGAGCGUUGAAGAUUCCAGAGGAGCAAGUUUUAGUAGAAGCGCCCUCUGAAGUCGAACUUCCUCCAGAACAUAACCUAAAUGGCAGAGCAUCUUCUCUGAAUGUUUAUGUGGACAAAGAAGAGAAGAUUUCAAAUGUGCAGCCGCAUGAAAACAAUCAGGAAGAAGCAGAACUAGAUGGGACAAGUGCCCAUCAGAGCAAUGGAAUCAAUAAAGAAGAGAUGACCGAUGGUUUAAGCCACGUAGAAAGCACAACAGAAGAUAGCAGCCUUCUGAAGCAUGAGAAAGAUGAAGAACCUAGGGAUGAGCAGCAAGAUUCAGAAGGUGUUACAGUGGAUGAUGACUUGGUGCAGGAAGAUACAUUGAAAACUGACAGUUCUACUGAGCAAACAGAUGAUGAACAACAUGAUCAGAAUCAGGAACCAGAAAAGACAAACAAGGACACACAACCAUCAAGCAUUGCAAACAAUGCCGAUGUCGAGGAAGCUGAGGCACCCACUGGUCUCCAAACUCUUGUGGAGACACAUCUGGAUGAUUCUGGUUCUGUUCCAGGAACCAUUGAUGAAAAUAUUGAAACAGAGGAACUAGCCAUGGCAGAUGGUGUUAUUCAUCCUGACGACAAAGAGAGCUUUCCAGAAGAUACAUCUAUUGCAGGACCCACAGAAGAGGUGGUCAAUGUAGAUCAACAGAGUCAGCAAUCUGAAACGAUGGAUGCAGAUGUGGUCCAAGAAGAGAUGCCAAAAUCAGAUGCUCAUGAGCCAACGACCAAUGCUCAAGAAAUCCUGAAUAAAGAAUCCUCUGAAGAAAUUGGUGACUCAAUGAAUGAAAAAAAUGAAGAAAGUGUACACCAGAGCAACAUGGAAGCUCCAAAGGAGACAAAGCCAGAGCUUGAAACUACAACGAGGGUGCCACCAGCAAAUGCUCAAGUGCAGCUAUCAGAAGAAAUAGAAGAUGCUGAACCAGUUGAUACUGAAGCAGAGAUGCAACAAAGCAGUGUUGCUUUUGAGGAUGCAGUUCCAGAAGAUCAACCUAAUUUAGGUGUUGCAAGGGACAAUGACACAGUGCCAGAGGACACAGUGAAAGCUGUUGAGCAAACAGACGAUGGUCAGCAAGAUCAGGAUCUAGAACCAGAAAAGGCAACCGAGGAUACACAACCUGCAAGCAUGGAAAACACUCCUGAUGUUGAGGUUGCAGCUGAAUCACCUUCUGGAGUCCAAACUCCAGUAGAGCCCAAUCUGGACAACUCUGAUGCUGUUCCAGAUUCUAUAGAUGGAAUCACAGAAACUGAUGGACCAGCUAAAGCAGAUGGUGUGGUUCAUCCUGACCCCAAAGAGAGCUUUCCAGAAGAUGCACCUAUUGCAGAACUAGAAGAGGUGGUCAACGUAGAAGAUCAACAGAGCCAGCAAGCUGACGCAAUGGAUGCAGAUGUGGUGCAGGAAGAGGUGCCUAAAUCUGAACACGCUGAGGAGCCAGCAACUGAUGCUCGUGAAGUGCUGAAUGAAGAAUAUACUGAAGAAACUGAUGGUCCACUGAAUGAAAAGACUGAAGAAACAGCACGCCAAAGCAACAUGGCAGCUCCUGAGGAGGUAACACCAGAAAAUGACACAACAGCAGGGGAGCCACCUGUAAAUAUUCAAAUGCAGAACCAGGAAUCAGUAGAAGAAAUAGAAGAUGCUGAAGCAGAGAUGCAACAAAGCAGUGUUGCUUUUGAGGAUGCAAUUCCUGAAGAUCAACGUAAUUUAGGUGUUGCAAUGGACAAUGGCACAGUGCCGGAGGCAGUGAAAGCUGUUGAGCAAAAAGAUGAUGGUCAGCAAGACGAGGAUCUAGAACCAGAAAAGGCAACCGAGGUUGCAGCUGAAGUACCUUCUGGAGUUGAAACUCCAGUGGAGCCCAAUCUGGACAACUCUGAUGCCGUUCCAGAUUCUAUAGAUGGAAUCACAGAAACUGAUGGACCAGCUAAAGCAGAUGGUGUCGUUCAUCCUGACCACAAAGAGAACUUUCCAGAAGAUGCACCUAUUGCAGAAUCUACAGAAGUGGUGGUCAAAGUAGAAGAUCAACAGAGCCAGCAAGCUGAUGCAAUGGAUGCACAUAUGGCGAAGGAAGAGGUGCCCAAAUCUGAACACGCUAAUGAGCCAGCAACUGAUGCACAUGAAGUGCUGAAUGAAGAAUGCACUGAAGAAACUGAUGGCUCGCUGAAUGAAAAGACUGAAGAAACAGCACACCAAAGCAACAUAGCAGCUCCCGAGAAGAUAGCACCAGCAAAUGACACAGCAGGGGAGCCACCUGUAAAUACUCAAGUGCAGAACCAGGAAUCAGUAGAAGAAAUAGAAGACACUGAAGCAGAAAUGCAACAAAGCAGUGUUGCUUUUGAGGAGGCAAUUCCAGAAGAUCAAUGUAAUUUAGGCAUUACGAUGGAUGGUGACACAGUGCAGGAAGACACACUGGAAGCUAUUAAGCAAACAGAAGAUGAUCAGCAAGACCAGGAUCUAGGACCAGAAAAAGCGACCGAGAACACACAACCCUCAAGCAUUCCUGAUGCUGAGGUCGUAGCUGAAGCACGUUCUGGAGUCCAAACUCCUGCGGGGAUCAAUCUGGACAACUCUGAUGCCAUUCCAGAUACUACAGAUGGAAACACGGAAACAGAUGAAUCAGCAAAAGUAGAAGGUGCUAUGGCAACAAGUGAACUAAAAGUGAUUGAAACAGAAGAACCGAAGGACAGUGAAGCCGCUGAAACUCAAGAAAUUACGGAACACGACCAUGUUACUCCUUCUAAGGAACUUUCAGCAGAAGAUAUUUUGACAGCAGAUGAGCCAUAUAAUGAUGAUAUCCAGCUUACCCUUGGACAAGAUUCGGUUGAAGUUAAGGAAACUGUUUUUACUUCAGAGGAGGCAACUGUGGAAGAUAAUGUAACAGAAGAAGAGCCAACAUGUGAUAGUCAAGAGGUAGAUAAUGCAGAAUCAACACAAGAAACUAAGGGAAACACAGUUAAGAAUAUUGCUGAACUCUCUGAUGUGGUAAUUGCUGAUGAGGCACAGACUGAGGAUAUUGCUGAAAUGCAUAUGCAGGAGGUAGAACCAGAAGAAACAAAGGACACAGAACCUGUUGAAUCGGAGGAAGCUUCUGAUCAGAGGAAUGCUGACAAAGAUAUCAUAACUGAAGGAAUCUCUGGCCAAAGCAGCAUGGUUUCUGCUGGGGAGUUGGACCAAGAAAACGAUGUCCCUGAAAGGGAGCCAACUACUGAUAUUCAACCUGUGAAGGAACCGGAACCAGAAGACAUAAAGAAUACCGAACAUGUGGAAGUGAAGGAAACAUCCCAUGAAAUGAAUAGUACUAUCGCUCAGACGCCAACUGAAGAAGAUAAUCCAGACACAAUCGAUCUGCAUGAAUCAGAAAGAGGACUGAGCAACAUUGAAGCCACAGAAGCGGAAAACCCGCACCAAAGCGACGCUGCUCAAUCAGAGCAAGCACCGGAAGAAAUAGCAAGUGAGCGUGAGCCACAAGUACUGGAACCAGAAUCAGUCAAAGAAAUGAAUGACACUGAAGCCACCGAGCCUCCAAAUGUUUCCCAGGGUAACCUAAUCUCUACCUCCGGGGAGUCUGUCCCAGAAGAAAUUGCAACAGAAGAUAACACGACCACUGAACCAGAUGUUGAUCAUCAACAACUCCAGGAUCAAGAAUCAACUGAUAUCAAGGGAAUUGAAGCUGAUAAACCUGAAGGAAUUGCCUCACCUUGCACUCUUUCUACUUCUGAGCAGCCCACUUCAGAAGACAAUGCAACAGCAAUAGAAACAAGGUCUGACACUCAAGAAGAGAAUUCAGAGCCAGCAGAAGUCACUAAGGGCACUGAAAAUGUGAAAAACAGCACUGCUCUUGCUGAGGCAACAGUUCCAGAAGAACAUGUAGAAACAGAUGCAACUGCUGAUACGUCACCAGUGCAGGAGCCAGAGCAAGAAGAGACCAAGGAUGCUGAACCGGCUGAAACAGAGGAUAUUAUGACAUCAAGGGACUUGACAGCAGAAAAUACGAGCAUGGAAACCAUGGGGACUGAAGUAGUCCCUCAUGAGAGUCAUGUUGAAAGUGCAAAGGAACUCACUGAAGAUGAUGCUGAGCCUGUUCUGGAGCUAGAAUCAGUUGAAGACACGAAGUGCACUGACACAAUGGAAUGUCCAGGAGAGCCCAAUGGUUCUACUUCUGACGAGCCUACUCCAACAGAAGAAAAUAUAACAGUAACAGAGCCAGAUUUUGACACACAGCAAGUGCAGAAUAUGACAUCUCAAGAAAUCAAGAACGGUGAAGAUGCCAAAACAGAUGAAUUCUCAGAUCUCAGUAGCUUUGCUACACCUGAAGGGGCAGAUCAAGAAAGUAAUUUACCAAGGACUGAAUCACCUAGAGAUGUCCAACAAGAGCAAGAACUGUGUUCAACAGAAGAAACCAGAGAUAUUGGAUCUGUGGGAAUUGAAGAUCACCAACAAGUUUCUACCCUUGAGCCAGUAGAGGGUGAGCCCAAUGUUGAUGAUCAGCAGCUGCAUGCAGGAGUCGAAGAAAAAGAAGCAAUUGAAACUGAAGAAGUUGUCCGGCAAAAUAAUAUCGCCAGUCAUGUUGAUGCAACUGAAGAAAGGAGUGAGCGGAGAAGUGACCCAGAUUCUUAUGUCCAACCAGCACAGCAGGUGGAAUUAUUCAGAGACAGUGAGAUCAGUCAGCUUGUAAAGGCAGAAGAAACCUCUGGGCAAGUCAACACUGUCGCCAUUGAAGAAACACCUACAGAAGACAGUGUUGUGAGUGAAAUUGAACCACCUGUUGAUAUUGAACAAGAGCAUGAACAAGAACUGGUGGAAGAAAUAAAGGGCAUUGAUGCCAAUGAAGCUGAAGAAGAGUUUAUUACAAGCCAAGUUGAUGCAUUAGAAAAACCAGCUUCAGAAGGUAGUAUAGCAUCAAUAGAGCCAACUUCCAAUUUUGAGCAAGAGAAUGAAUUGGAAGCAACAAAAAAAAUUGACGGCAUCGAAGCCAUCAAUGAUGAAGAGCCAGCAGAGAAUGCUACUUUGGAGGACUCAUCUCCAACAGAUACUGAAACAACACCGGAAGGACAUCCUGCAGAGUUGAAUGAAGAAACUAUUGGGAAUGAAACUGAUAAUGUAAUGUUGGUGCCUGGACUAAAAGAUGAAAUACAGACGUCAUUGGAACUAAAGGAUGGUGCAUGUAAAUUGGGUGAAACUGUUUUAACAACUCAGGGAAGUGAAAAUGUGACUGAUGAAGACGUUGUUCAAAGUGCUGGUGAUGAUAUACUAGAGACUUCAAACAAUAUUGAUCAAGUCAAAGAAGAGCAAAAGGAUGGAUGUGAACAUAAUUCAAGCGAAAUGUCAGGUGCGCAGAAUGAAGAGAACAUAAUUCAUGUUCAAGAUAGAGACAUCAGUGUGGAACUUCUCACAAAAAGAGGCACUGAUGAAGAAGCAUCAAAAGCUUUAUUUGGAACUGAUACCACAGAAGAUGGUGAGCAAAUUAGUGAUCUUAACAGGCAACCUGAUGAUGUAGCACUUCAACUGCAAACAUGUGAGGCAGAUGCUUUAUCCAUCGGGAGACAAGAUGAGGUUGUGCAAAAGGUUGACUUGGAUCAAGAACAGAACGAAGAUGAGCACAUUCAAAGUCAGAAGGAAGAACUCCAGGCAGAUGAACAGAAACAUGAUGAUAAGAUGGGUGAUUUCACCACAGAACCACUUGCGGAGCCUGAGGAUAUAAAAAAUGGCACCACAAACAGCACAGAAGACACUGAUGCAUGUGAGGCUGAAGAAACAGAGGCAACCAUUACUGAAAUGCUCAAGCAUGAAGAAGCCCCACUUGUAUACGAGGAAUCCACCCCAAGCAGUAUGGAUAUGAAGGUUGACUGCGUUAAGGGAACAGAAGAAGAUGUUGAUGCUAAAAAUGAUAACAAAGAUGAGGAGGAGGGUGCAGAGAAGGAUGAUAUAGUAGCAAAAAAUUCAACUGACAAACAGGAUGAAAUGACUGCUGAAAUUACAAAUGAAGAGGAUCCUGCAGCUAUUACUCAGAAUAUUGAACCAGGAGAGAACAGAGAGGAUAAAGAAUGCACAGGCAAGGUUAAUGAUGAUGUCCACACUAUUCAAGCAUCGGAAAAAGAGAUUGCAGAUGAAAUACAUGACAAUAAAGAAAUUCGAAAUGAAGACAAUGCUAUUCAUCAUGAUGGAUCACAGACAAAACCUGAAGAGGAAGAGGCGCCAAAACCUGAAGACAACGCUGAAACUGAUGAUACAACAGCUCUAGGCGGAGAAAUAAUCGAUGGUAAUGCAAGUAUAAAGCCCAGAGAAAUUGAAGAGAUAGGAGAAAACAAUGGACUCGAAUUCACUUCCAAUCCUUUUGUAGAAUCAUCUAUACAGAACAACGUUGAGCAUGACUUACAUCACAAGGUUGAAGAUGAAAAGUUUUCAAUGGCAGAGCAAAAUGGUGUAGAUAUUGAAGCCAUGCAAGAAAAAGCUGAUGAAUCUGCCUCAGAUAUAAAUCAAACGAAGCAAUGUCAGGAAGGAAUUAAUGCAGAUGAUGUUCAGCAACUUGAAAUAGAAGAAAAAUCAUUUGAUAAGAUUGACGAAACUAUUUCACAUGAGAAAACAGAGAUAAGAACCACUGAAGUAACACUUAGUGACAAUAUCACUGAUAAGGCCAGCAGAGGCGAUGGUGGGCCAUCUGAUGAAAGUCUCAAAACCUUUAAUGACACUGGAAGGGAUCUUGAUGUUUCAUCUGUAAUUACAGCAUCAAAGGAAGAAAGCAUGAAUGAGAACAUGGAAGACCAUAAGCUUGCUCUUCCUGAACAUACUGCACAGGAUGAAAACACCCCUGAACAGGUGCUCUGGUUAGAGAACGCAGAAAGAGAGAUGCCUUCAUCAGAGAAGCUCCUUCCCACUGAACCAGAAGACAAUCAAAUUCCAAAUGAAAGCAAUGAAGAGGAGUUACAGGAUGAGAAUCAAGACACAGAAAUUGGAGAUGCCCAGAAAGAUGUUGAACAAGAUUUACCUGUUUCUCAUUUUCUGAUGAAUCUAAUAUUGGGGAAAAAGAGUGCUGAUGCAGAUGAAAAUUCAGAACCUGAGGCUGAAAGGAAGGAAGAAGAAACCAAAGAAGGCGACAAGUGCGUGGUCAUUUCUAAACAAGAAGAAAACAUGGGGUCACUUUCCACAGAAAAUAAGGUGGAUGACGAUCUCAUGUUUGAACAAGAAAAACAUGAUGUCGAAUGCUCUGAAGAAACACAGGAAAUGGUCAAAGAACAGAUUGACAAUCUUAUGCUGGACACUGAAAGAUCAACACAGACUGAUGACGAGUUCAAUAAGAACACUCGUGAUUUGGAAAUACCAGCAUAUCAAGGUACUACCCAAGACAAAAUUUCCGGUGAACUGUUAUCAGAAGAAGUAGCUAGCCUUUCUACAAAUAUGGAAACUAGAGAUAUUGAGAUUUCGAACCUCGAGCUCGAUGACAAAGGAGUUGAUACUGUCUAUCAGGAAAACACAGAGGUGUCAACAAAAUUUGAAAAUGGAAGCUUGAAUAACAACAUAAAUGAUUUAACAAAUACAGAGGCUUCUGAAGAGGAUACUCUAGGGGAAGGACAAAAAGGACUCUUGCGUGACUCUUUACCUGAAGAUAAAAGUGCUGAUGCAGUGUCCAAGCAAACACCCUUGUUGACAGAAUCAGGUAUGAUUGAUGCAAAAGAUCUUUCAUGUGAUUCUGAGGCCGUCCAGAACCUUGCCUGUGAAAAAGAAGAUGAGAUCAUUGAAUCUUCCACCAUGGAGGCCACAAGUACUCCUCAUAUUCAACUGGAGUGUGAAGAAGUAGAGAAGAAAGAAGAGGAGCAGCAUGCAAGCAGGGACACAGACAAAGUUUCUGAAGAAGCUGAAGAAACUUCAAAUGACAGGCCUCAGAAAAGCACAAGGUCUGAAGUAACACCUGAUGAGCAGGCACCUCAAAUAACGGAAUCAGUUAACGACACUAAGAUUUUGGCUCAUGAAAAGGAAAUUUAUGAAGGCUCAACAUGCAUGGAUGAGAAAGAAAGCUCUAACUUCUCAAUUAAAGGAGUAGAAAACUUUCAAACAGCAUCUGAAAUUCAGGCUGACGGUCCAAACAUGCAGAUCAACCAAGAUAAGAAAAAUGAAAUUGCUGACAACAAAACUGCAAUGGGGCCAGAAAAUCUAGGGGAAUCUGAAUUUCAGGAGCACCAGGAAACUGGUACCGAGCAAAAGUCUCCUAAAGCAAGUGAUGAAGGACACCAGCAAUUUUUGGUCGAAAAAGAGACCAUGAACAAAGAACAAGUGGAGCCCGGAACAGUUGAAAGCCAUGAGCAAACAGUGAGCAUAAAAUCCAAUGAAGAGCAAGAACUGGUUGUCUCAAUGGUCCAGGAACGUGAUCUCAAUGUGGUUUCACCCAGAGAAGCUCCCGAGGCUGAAGAAAACUUUGUGGAUGUAACCAAGCCAGAAUUCAACACAGAUGAAGACCAAAGUCCAAAGGCUGAUGCAGAAGAGAAGGCUUAUAACGAGAAGAUAAAGAACAUAGAGGGAACUAAGAAUUUCACUUAUGAAGCAGAAGUGAAAACUGAAGCACCAGGAGCAACACAGAAGGCACAUAAAAAGCUCAGCCUAUGGUCUGGCGUUGGUUCAAAGGUAAAGCACCAACUAGCAAAGGUGAAGAAAGCCAUUGUACGUAAACCUGGGAGCGCAAAACCAGACUCACCAAAGUCAUAGAGCUGCAUUCACCUUAGAACAUCUAUACUAUUGUAAUGUUUGUACUUUGUGAGCUAUUUAUUUGAGUGGUAGAAUGUUCGCUAUGGGACAGGAGAAGCUCCUCUUCACACCUAUUGCGUUGAAACUCCUGUGAUGUUAAAGACAUUUGUAAAUAUGCCAUAGUGUGUAAAAUCUUUGAGGUAGAAUCAAGGACAUGGACCUGGUGGAUUGCUUGUAUUCUUUAUUGAUAUGCACAUGCAUUUUGUGGUCA